AUGGCCGGCUCGGUCAAACGGCCAGCGUCUACAACUGGGACCAUCUCCCCACCCCCGGUAAAGAGGAAGAUUGAAUCCACACUGACAAAACAAUCGGUGUCAUCAUUCUUCACCCCCACAUCCCAAAAGAAACCCGAACAAAUCACCUGGCGCAUCGUGAACAACAGUCUCGUCAUCGGCAAAUAUGCGAAGAAAUCAGACCAUACACAGACUGCAGAGAAGUCAAAAGUUGCCGCCUUCGAUUUGGACUCAACGUUAGUCUCGACGGCUUCUGGCAACACAUUUCCCAAGAACUCCUCGGACUGGAAGUGGUGGCAUGAUACGGUUCCCUCUAGACUUAAGGAGUUGAGCGCAGAUGGUUACUAUGUCAUCAUCAUAUCGAAUCAGAAGAAGAUUAGCCUACAGAAGGAGAUGAAAGGAGGGCGCUCCGAUUCAAAAAGCCUCACCAACUUCAAAGAGAGGGUCUCUGCUGUCAUGAAGCAACUAGACAUCCCUCUCAGUGUUUAUGCAGCUACUCUUGACGAUGGUUACCGAAAACCAAGAAUUGGGAUGUGGAAAGAGUUCCUAGACGACUAUGAUUUCGACGUGAACGGCGUGGAUCUAUCAAAAUCGAUUUAUGUUGGGGAUGCUGCUGGACGACCAAAUGACCAUUCCCAGGUAGAUCGUGGUUUUGCUGUAAACGCCGGGGUUCCAUUUAAAACACCAGAGGAGUUUUUUCUCAACACCGCGCCGGAGCCGCUCGUGGAAUCAUUCGACCCAUCUCUAUAUUUGCAAUCUGACCAGACCGAUGAUGCUUCACCUCCCUUCUCACGUCAAAGCGCUCUCGAAUUAGUGAUUUUCUGUGGCAGUCCCGGCGCGGGCAAGUCGACCUUCUACUGGGAUUAUCUGGAGCCAUUGGGAUAUGAACGAGUGAACCAGGACAUUUUGAAGACGAAUCCGGAAAGCAGGACUCUACUUCCCGGAAUCGCAUUCGGGGAUUUCGGGCGUCGGUUCAAGGAGCCGAUGAUGGCGGAGGGUUUCGAGGAUAUAGUUCGCGUUGACUUCCGCUUCCGCGGUAAUGAAGAAUCGAAGAACAUCUGGAGGCAGUACUGGGUGUAA